AACGUUCGAUAAGUCGGUAUCGAUUGCGACCUGCAGCGGUGUACUUUGGGCAGUGGCAUUUGGCGGAAGCGAUUUGUGGUCUUCGUAAGUAGGAAUAGCAAUCGGCAGUGGAUUGCCCGUUGUGGUGGGGGAGCUGGCGAUGGAGGAGCCGUGUGAAGACAUCUCGUUCUUGAACGACGUGAGUCAGAGGAAGACGGCGGGUGUACAAAGGAGGAGGGGGCGGUGUCUGAUCUUUAUGCGCAGGCCGGCCGUAGUCGGCGACACGGGCCUGCGCCUUGCUGAGCAGCAUGACGACGUCGGAAGGGGUGAUUCCUCGGCAGACUAGCACCCUUUGCAUGCCAUCGACCUGGCGAGAUCUUUCGAAUUCCCAAAAGCAAUGCAUCGCCGAUCAAAUCAGGCCUCGAGAAGCGCAGCAUGCAUGUGAUGAUGUAGACUGCAGAGACGCUAUCGCUGCCCCUGUGCCGCUUCGCAUCAGCACCAUCCGGUUUUCUCAUGUAGUUUCAGCGCUGGCAUAUCCACGGCGUCGGUCCAAACAUCAUGGUAAAGCCACACCGUCCUCGCCCCAUGCCGGUAUCUUGAGCCGUGCUUGCAAGGAGUCGAUAUCGCGUUGCGGUUGGUUGUCAAUGACUCACCCAAAAGUGCACCUGCGGUCGGACAGCGAGGGCAGGACUACUGCAAGAGAUUCAAAGUCGAACACGCCUCACUUGUCGCUUACACUGUGCCUGCCGAUCUGCACCUGCUUCAAUUCGCAUGGGCAUCUCCACCGAGCAAGAGAGCAUUAUGCGUUGUUCGAACAAGUCAAUCGUGCUCGUCCGAUGUGGUUCAGUACUUGGGGGCGUUGGUCAAGGAUAGUAGUAGAACAUUAAUGGGCGGCGGUGGAUCUGACCUCAAAUCGUGGCAACCUUGGAAGAGGAUUGUCGUCAUAUCUAUUGAGCGGGCGGCCUCGCCAACGCAGACAGCGCCACGGGAACAAACGGGCCGCUUCAAAAACUUACAUUCCCUGUGAUCUAGAUAAUUCUGCCUCUGCCCGCUCUCAAGCUC